CUAAGCGUCCACGAAAGCAUGAAAAUUUCCAUAAACAGCGUGAUAGAGGAUAUAUUGAACGAUUUUCCUGUAAUGGUACUUUAAAAAUAGUACUUAAUAUGGAAACAAACAUAGCAACAAUUGAUCUUCAGCAUAAUUUACUUCAUAAGCGUCCAGAUCGGUUUAAUACGUCUGAUGAUAUUAAAGCUGAAAUAAAGAAGAAUAUUCAUCUUACACCCGCAGAUAUUUUUAAGCAAUUGGAACAACAAAAUCCAAACUUAACUCAAAAACAAGUUCACGCAUGGUGGUCCUAUUUUUUAAAAAAGGAGUAUAUUUGUGAUGAGAAUGAUCAAUUAAAUUCUGCAAGAAUACUUGUUGAACAAAAUAAAUGCAAGAUCACUUUGUUCAACACUCAAAAUAUUCAAUAUUUGG